AUGGAGCUGCUCGUCACGGCGGUCGCGUCUGUGCUCGUGCUGCUGUUGUUGUUGUGGCGGUGGCCCGAGGCUCGUGUGCGAGGGAGUUGGGGCAGACGCGAGUUUUCAUUGGAUGAUAAAGUUGUCGUCAUUACGGGCGCUGCCAAUGGCAUUGGACGGCGACUGGCGCAAAAGGUCUUUUGCGAGACUCGUUGUGUGACGCUAGUCUUGCUUGAUAUCGAUAAGAAGGGGCUCCAGGAGCUACAGAUGGAGCUAGAACAGUCGAAACAGGAGCGCCACCAACUGACACAAAACGUGUUUGUGUACGAGUGCGAUGUCGCUGAUUUCGGAGCUGUGAGUGCGUGCAUGGAUCUUGUGGUUCACGAUGUUGCGCCAAAGCACAUUGGUGUAUUAGUGAACAACGCCGGAGUGGUGAUGGGACGAUCACUGGAACACUUGACGCCCAGGCAAAUUCAAAAGACGUUCGCAGUGAAUACGCUCGCACACUUCUGGACCGUGAAAAUUGCCAUGCCGUCGAUGAAGAAGGCGUCUGAGGCACUACUUGUGACGGUGUCGUCCGUGAUGGGCAUGACGAGCAGCGCAAGAUUAACAGACUAUUGCGCUAGCAAGGCUGCGGUCAAUGCUUUCCACGAAGCUCUCCGCUUGGAGCUGUGGCGUGAUAAUAUCACCUCGAUUCGGACGCUGUUGGUCUGUCCUGCUGCGGUGGACACCAACAUGUUUGCCGGCGUCUUGGCUGCGGACGACUGGGCGUUGAAGAUAUCGCGCUUUUGUAUUCCAAUGCUUGCAGAGUCCACGGUGGCUGACACGAUUUAUCGUGCUAUGCGACGGGGCGACAAUUUGGUCGUAUCAUGUGCUUCGGGUUGGAGAGGGAUAGCUCUGUCGUGGGCUCCCGCUGUUUCACGACUUUUGCCUGUACCUUUAUAUGACGUGGUAGUUCGUUUAGGUGGUGGUCUACAUGGCAUGGAUACGUUUGUCGGUAGGAAUAGCACUCGUGAACAAGAUGGAAAAGACAAGGACAGUUGA